UCUCUCUCUCUCUCUCUCUCUCUCUCUCUCUCUCUCUCUCACGCAUUUUCUCUUCUCUCUGUUCCCAAUUUCAUACCUUACCCUGAAGAAUCUGUCUUCUCUCUCUCUCUCUCUCUCUCACAGUUCGAACAUCCUCUUGCAAUGGAUGCCACUGAUACUCCUCCACGUUUCUUUAAAGUUUUCAUCUCCCAUUUUAGCUCUGAUUCCAUGCUGAUCCCUAUUUCCUACUACGAUGAACUCCCUCGUCUUUUACCUGAAACGGCGAUUCUCCAAGGCACUGGUGGAUGCUCUUGGAACGUAGCGAUGAAUCUGAAGGAAGAGGAGGUGUGUUUUGAACAAGGGUGGCCCGAGUUCGUUAAGGACAACUCUCUCAUCGAUGGAGAUUUUUUGACCUUCGUGUACAAUGGAGACAGCGUUUUCGAGGUCAGCAUCUAUGGCCUCCAUGGAUGUAAAGAGAAUAGAGCAGUCACUGAAGUGGAGGAGGAUGACAAAGAAGACAGUACUUGUUUUCUAAGCAGCGAUGACACAAAUACUAGUUCUGAAUCCGAGAUGGCCACUGCAAUUCCGAGAAGCAAGAACAAAGGAAAAGAGGAGGAUUCUGACGACAGUGAUGACAGUGUUCAUUCUCUAAACAGUGAAGACACAGAGACAGAAACAGAGAAGAACAAAGGAAAGCCGAAAGAGAAAGUUAUGGAGGAGGACAUUGAUUUUUCUCUAGACAGUGAAGAAACAGAGACAGAAGGUUCUGAAUUCAAGAAUGUUAAUACAAUCCGGAGAAGCAAGAACAAAGGAAAGAAGAAAGUGGAAGUUGUGGAGAGCUCUGAUGAAGACACUGAUAGUGAUUAUAUUGAAGCUUUUAGUCGCUUGGAUUUUGAAGAAAAUUCCAACAGUGACAGUUCUUAUUCUCCAGAUUGCGAGGACACAUCCGCUCAUGUCAAACCAAAGGUGACAAAUCCUAAGAAGAAAGGAAAGUCCAUAGUGUCUACUGGUGAGAGUUCUCAUCGUGUUGAACCAUCCAAAAGGAGGGAGAAAGUAAAGAGAAAGAUCAAAAACCCCGAGGUAUAUCUAGAUGAUCCAAAUAAUGUACAUUUCGAGACAGGCGUGAAGAAUAGGAAAUACGAGCUGUUGGUUCAUGCACAACUGGUGAAAGACUACUGCUUAAGGUUUCAAGAAUACAUUAGCUACAUCGACCCAAAGGGGAAACUAGAAGCAAAAACUGCAAGGUGGAGGGAUCAACGUGUGUGUAUCAAAAGAUGGAAACGCAUAUGCGAUAGGAACAAACUGAAGAAAAACGAUCGCAUCGUGUGUGAAAUCUUGCGCAACCAAGAUUUGGUUUACGCUAUUAAAGUUCACAUCGUCCGGGGAAUAUAUCUGUAAACACUAUUGGUUUGAUUAGAGAAGAAACGGAUAUUGUUACUCAUCUUUAUGAUUUCCCAGUUAUGUUGUAAUCAAUUAACAUCACUAUCUGCUCUCUCUUUUAUGAGUUUCAUCAUCUACAUUCAACA